AUGGCAAUGGAAGCCAUGGGUGUGGAUGAGGGGGGUGGGGAGCUAGCACGGGAUGAGAAAAGGCCCCAAGACUUCAACUCUCUAAGGAGGAAGAGGAGGCUGCAGCAGAGUCUGAGAGGAAGCGGCGGAGCUGAGGACCAGUUUCUGGGCGAAUCGGGCGACACUCUGGGUGGUGGCAGCGUCUCCUCUGUGGCCUGUGGCGGCGGCGCUCUAGCCGGCGGGUGUGCGGGCGGGUUCUCAGUGGACACCAGUAGAAGAUACGAAAACAAGGCCGGAAGCUUCAUCACCGGCAUCGAUGUCACCUCCAAGGAAGCAAUUGAAAAGAAAGAACAACGAGCCAAACGCUUCCAUUUCCGGUCAGAAGUAAAUCUUGCCCAAAGGAAUGUCGCCUUGGACCGAGACAUGAUGAAGAAAGCAAUCCCCAAAGUGAGGCUGGAGACGGUCUACAUCUGUGGAGUAGAUGAGAUGAGCACCCAGGAUAUCUUUUCCUACUUUCGAGAGUACCCUCCAGCCCACAUUGAGUGGUUAGACGAUACCUCCUGUAAUGUGGUUUGGCUGGAUGAAAUGACAGCCACAAGAGCGCUAAUCAAUAUGAGCUCCCUGCCAGCCCUGGACAAGAUUCGAGGCAGGGAUGCCAGUGAGGACAAGGCGUCUGAGAAAAGUAAAAAAGACAAGCAGGAAGACAGCUCAGAUGAUGAUGAGGCCGAAGAAGGAGAAGUGGAAGACGAGAACCCAAGUGACGUGGAGUUGGACACAUUGUCUCAAGUAGAAGAAGAAUCUCUUUUAAGAAACGAUCUUCGUCCAGCGAAUAAGCUUGCUAAAGGAAACAAGUUAUUCAUGAGAUUUGCUACAAAAGAUGACAAAAAGGAACUUGGAGCGGCCCGAAGAAGUCAGUACUACAUGAAAUACGGGAAUCCAAAUUAUGGAGGCAUGAAAGGAAUUCUGAGUAAUUCUUGGAAGCGGAGAUACCAUUCCCGUCGCAUUCAGCGGGACGUGAUCAAGAAGAGAGCCCUGAUUGGGGAUGACGUUGGCUUGACAUCCUAUAAACAUCGACAUUCCGGGCUAGUGAAUGUUCCGGAAGAACCCAUUGAAGAGGAGGAGGAGGAGGAGGAAGAGGAGGAGGAGGAAGACCAGGACAUGGAUGCAGACAGCAGGGUGGUGGUAGAGCACCACGAGGAGCUGCCAGCCACUAAGCCGGCCCGGGAGCGCAGCGCGUCCAGGCGGUCCAGUGCCAGUAGCUCCGACUCCGAUGAGAUGGACUACGAUCUCGAACUGAAAAUGAUUUCCACGCCUUCACCGAAGAAAAGCAUGAAGAUGACGAUGUAUGCUGACGAAGUGGAAUCGCAGCUGAAAAAUAUUAGGAACUCCAUGAGGGCAGAUAGUAUAUCCGGAAGCAACAUAAAAACCCGAAUCGGUAGCAAACUGCCAUCUGAGAAGUUUGCAGAUGUGCGACAUCUGUUGGAUGAGAAGCGGCAGCACGCGAGUCCGAGGCCAGCGGCCAGCGGCAACGUGAAGCCGGAUAUACGCCAACGAUUAGGAAAAAGACCGCAUUCUCCAGAGAAGGCCGUCGGCAGUAACUCUGUCGUUCGCAGAGAGCCCUUUUCUGACGUACAUAGUAGGUUAGGUGCUCCCAGACAGGAUGUUAAAGGCCUCUACUCCGAUACUCGGGAGAAGAAAUCAGGGAGUUUAUGGAAUCGCUUAGGAUCUGCACCCAAGACCAAAGAAAAGAAUUUGAAUUCGAAGAAAGUGGAGCCCAGGGUGCCCGGCACCGAGGACGAUGACUCCGAGCUGCAGAGGGCAUGGGGGGCUCUGAUUAAGGAGAAAGAACAGUCUCGCCAGAAGAAGAGCCGCUUAGACCACCUACCAUCUCUGCAGAUUGAAGUUAGUCGGGAGAGCAGCUCGGGUUCGGAGGCAGAGUCCUGAUGCCUAGGCCCGACUCCUGCACCAGGACAGGCGUGAGCCCUGGGAGCCUGCCCAAGGGACCCGGCGCCCCCACCAACCCCCGCUUCCUCGUACAGUCACCCUGAGCCUGGCUGCCUCAACGAGCCGUCUAAGGAUGGGGAUGUGUGUGGAAGGGCACCUGUCUACCUGCCUUCUGCUGCAGACUCAUCGUUUAUUUUCCCACCACCCCUCGAGCUGUCCCCUCUGAGAACAAGGCCCCCCUCCAGAUUUUGUAGAUGUUUUUCUUAAUAUUUUUAACAUUGUGUCUUUUAAAAGAGAUGUUUUACACCGUUCAUCCAAAGAGCAGAGAACUGAACUUCUCACUAUUGCCUUGGCCUUGACAGCUGUUACCAGCACCCCUUUCCCCAGAAAAGUCAAUUCCCAGGUGCUUAUUGGACAGCCUUCGAGGGGGACGAUGAGGGAAGCUGUCAGCUCACCCUUCCAGGGCCCUAGUGUAGGGGCCGGAUCCUAUGAACCUGACCUCCGAGGUGCGCCAGUGCUGCCACCCAGUAGAUGAGAGACAGCCUGGAUCCUGCUCCCUCGGGGACUGCGGUGAGGGGCGGCGCCGGCCCCGCGUGGAGGGAAGACCAAGUCCAGUGCUGUGGGGAUUUUAGGAACAAAGAAAAACUGUGACUUGGGGUUGGAUUUGGGGUUGCUUUUCUGGGCUAGGGGCGGGGCCAUGGGUUAAUGUUGAACAAUUUUUAUGUCUGUAUUAUGUUUAAAAAUAUUAAUGACUUCAAAGUUUAAAUUUUUUAUAUGUGAAAAUUCCCCCUGUUGGCUACAGGGGGAAACUCAAGUGUCGUCUUCUGCUGUGCUGUGAAAUCUAUAUUAUAUACUUUGGAAGAAGG